UAUCAAAAGCUCAAAAAACUCACAAAUAUGAGAGAAACUAUAAUUGACAGAGAAGACUUAACAGACAAGCUAGCAAAAGAAUGGUUAUUGGUUCUAGAAAGCAAGUUUACAGAUGUUUCUUCUAAAGAGAAAACACAAGAUAAAUAG